AGAAUGAGUACUAAAAAGUCCCCCGAAGAACUGAAGAGCGUGUUUGAAAAAUAUGCAGCCAAAGAAGGUGAUCCCAACCAGCUGUCAAAGGCCGAGCUGAAGCUCUUGAUUCAGGCCGAAUUCCCCAGCGUACUCAAAGGUCCGAAAACCCUAGAUGACCUAUUUCAAGAAGUGGACAAGAAUGGAGAUGGAGAAGUUAGUUUUGAAGAAUUCCAACUGUUUGUGAAGAAGAUGUGCCAGUGAAGGAAAAAACGAAACAGUAUUCCUACGCACCGAAGGAAGCGCGGCUGGGC